CUCUGCACUCUCUCCUGCCCCAGAGCCAAUGUCUCUCUGCCUCACUCGCCCCACGCUGACUGUCAGGGAAGGACUCUCUAUCCAGCGCCCCUGGGCCAUGGCCGGACUCAGGCUGGGGGGGGCUUUAGCCUUCCUGCUGCUUCUCAAUGUAACUGCUACUAGAACCGAGACCAUCACAGCACCUCCUACCACCUCUGAGACCACCAGCCUUCCAUCCCCUACUGUUAUAACUGAGACCCCAUCAGCAUCUUCUACCACCUCUGAGACCACUAGCCUCACAUCCCCUACUGUUAUAACUGAGACCCCAUCAGCAUCUACUACCACCUCUGAGACCACUAGCCUCACAUCCCCUACUGUUAUAACUGAGACCCCAUCAGCAUCUUCUACCACCUCUGAGACCACUAGCCUCACAUCCCCUACUGUUAUAACUGAGACCCCAUCAGCAUCUUCUACCACCUCUGAGACCACUAGCCUCACAUCCCCUACUGUUAUAACUGAGACCCCAUCAGCAUCUUCUACCACCUCUGAGACCACUAGCCUUCCAUCCCCUACUGUUAUAACUGAGACCCCAUCAACAUCUACUACCACCUCUGAGACCACUAGCCUCACAUCCCCUACUGUUAUAACUGAGACCCCAUCAGCAUCUACUAUGACCUCUGAGACCACCAGCCUCACAUCCCCUACUGUUAUAACUGAGACCCCAUUAGCAUCUACUACCACCUCUGAGACCACUAGCCUCACAUCCCCUACUGUUAUAACCGAGACCAUCACAGCACCUCCAACCACCUCUGAGACCACCAGCCUUCCAUCCCCUACUGUUAUAACUGAGACCCCAUCAGCAUCUUCUACCACCUCUGAGACCACUAGCCUUCCAUCCCCUACUGUUAUAACUGAGACCCCAUCAGCAUCUACUACCACCUCUGAGACCACUAGCCUUCCAUCCCCUACUGUUAUAACUGAGACCCCAUCAGCAUCUACUACCACCUCUGAGACCACUAGCCUUCCAUCCCCUACUGUUAUAACUGAGACCCCAUCAACAUCUACUACCACCUCUGAGACCACUAGCCUCACAUCCCCUACUGUUAUAACUGAGACCCCAUCAGCAUCUUCUACCACCUCUGAGACCACUAGCCUUCCAUCCCUUACUUUUAUAAUUGAGACCCCAUCAGCAUCUUCUACCACCUCUGAGACCACUAGCCUUCCAUCCCCUACUGUUAUAACUGAGACCCCAUCAGCAUCUACUACCACCUUUGAGACCACCAGCCUCACAUCCUCUACUGUUAUAACUGAGACCCCAUCAGCAUCUACUAUCACCUCUGAGACCACCAGCCUCACAUCCCCUACUGUUAUAACUGAGACCCCAUCAGCAUCUACUACCACCUCUGAGACCACCAGCCUCACAUCCCCUACUGUUAUAACUGAGACCAUCUCAGAAUCUUCUACCACCUCUGAGACCACUAGCCACACAUCCCCUAGUGCUAUAACUGAGACCCCAUCAGCAUCUACUACCACCUCUGAGACCACUAGCCUCACAUCCCCUACUGCUACAACUGAGACCCCAUCAGCAUCUACUACCAGCUCUGAGACCACCAGCCUCACAUCCCCUACUGUUAUAACUGAGACCCCAUCAGCAUCUACUACCACCUCUGAGACCACCAGCCUCACAUCCCCUACUGUUAUAACUGAGACCAUCUCAGAAUCUUCUACCACCUCUGAGACCACUAGCCACACAUCCCCUAGUGCUAUAACUGAGACCCCAUCAGCAUCUACUACCACCUCUGAGACCACUAGCCUCACAUCCCCUACUGCUACAACUGAGACCCCAUCAGCAUCUACUACCAGCUCUGAGACCACCAGCCUUCCAUCCCCUACUGCUACAACUGAGACCCCAUCAGCAUCUACUACCAGCUCUGAGACCACCAGCCUCACAUCCCCUACUGUUAUAACUGAGACCACCUCAGCAUCUUCUACCACCUCUGAGACCACCAGCCUCACAUCCUCUACUGUUAUAACUGAGACCCUAUCAGCAUCUACUACCACCUUUGAGACCACCAGCCUCACAUCCUCUACUGUUAUAACUGAGACCCCAUCAGCAUCUUCUACCACCUCUGAGACCACUAGCCUCACAUCCCCUACUGCUACAACUGAGACCCCAUCAGCAUCUACUACCAGCUCUGAGACCACCAGCCUCACAUCCCCUACUGUUAUAACUGAGACCACCUCAGCAUCUUCUACCACCUCUGAGACCACCAGCCUCACAUCCUCUACUGUUAUAACUGAGACCACCUCAGCAUCUACUACCACCUCUGAGACAACCAUCAUCACAUCCCCUACUGCUACAACUGAGACCACCUCAGCAUCUUCUACCACUUCUGAGACCACAAGCCUUCCAUCCCCUACUGUUACAACUGUGACCCCAUCAGCAUCUACUACCACCUCUGAGACAACCAUCAUCACAUCCCCUACUGCUACAAUUGAGACCACAUCAGCAUCUUCUACCACCUCUGAGACCACUAGCCUCACAUCCCCUACUGUUAUAACUGCGACCAUCUCAGCAUCUUCUACCACCUCUGAGACCACUAGCCUCACAUCCCCUACUGUUAUAACUGAGACCAUCUCAGCAUCUUCUACCACCUCUGAGACCACCAGCCUCACAUCCCGUACUGCUACAUCUGAGACCACCUUAGCAUCUACUACCACCUCUGAGACCACUAGCCUUACAUCCCCUACUGCUACAACUGAGACCACAUCAGCAUCUACUACCACCUCUGAGACCACCAGCCUUCCAUCCCCUACUGUUAUAACUGAGACCAUCUCAGCAUCUUCUACCACCUCUGAGACCACCAGCCUCACAUCCCGUACUGCUACAUCUGAGACCACCUUAGCAUCUACUACCACCUCUGAGACCACUAGCCUUACAUCCCCUACUGCUACAACUGAGACCACAUCAGCAUCUACUACCACCUCUGAGACCACCAGCCUUCCAUCCCCUACUGUUAUAACUGAGACCAUCUCAGCAUCUACUACCACCUCUGAGACCACUAGCCUCACAUCCCCUACUGUUAUACCUGAGACCAUCUCAGCAUCUACUACCACCUCUGAGACCACUAGCCUCACAUCCCCUACUGUUAUACCUGAGACCAUCUCAGCAUCUACUACCACCUCUGAGACCACUAGCCUCACAUCCACUACUGUUAUAACUGAGACCCCAUCAGCAUCUACUACCACCUCUGAGACCACCAGCCUCACAUCCCCUACUGUUAUAACUGAGACCAUCUCAGCAUCUACUACCACCUCUGAGACCACUAGCCUUCCAUCCCCUACUGUUAUAACUGAGACCAUGUCAGCAUCUACUACCACCUUUGAGACCACUAGCCUCACAUCCUCUACAGCGGCAACCGAGCCCACCACAGCAUCUCCUACUUCUAUUGAGACCACCAGCCUAACAUCCCCUACAGCAGCAACUGAGACUACCCCAGCAUCUUCUACUACCACUGAGGGGACUACACCCCCUCCUACUUCAGUUGAGACCACGUUCCCAUCUGCUCUAGGGACCACUGCAGUAGGCGCUACUAACAAGAGCACAGCUGCCAUAGUCCCUACAAGUGAAGCUGAAGCCACAUCAGCAUCUUCUGCUCUGCCCGAUGCCACCAGCCUCUAUACCGUACCGGCCACUACAAGGGAGACCUCUUUGGCAAAUACAACAUUUGAGAGCACUUUAUAUACAAGAACUGAGCAAACGUCCCAAGUGCCAUUUACUACCCAACCUGAGACCACUUCAGCAUCUAUUGGAAAUGAGACCGCUACCCCGGUACCCUCUGCUGGGACAAAUGAGACCACUUCAGCAUCUCCCAGAAAUGAGACAACUAUCCCAGUAUCAACUACUUGGACAAAUGAGACCACUUCAGCAUCUAUUGGAAAUGAGAACACUACCCCUGUCCCCACUACCUGGCCGAAUGAGACCACAUCAGCAUCUCCCAGAAAUGAGACCACUACCCCGGUACCCUCUGCUGGGACAAAUGAGACCACAUCAGCAUCUAUCACAAAUGAGACCACUACCCCUGUGCCCACUACCUGGCCGAAUGAGACCACUCCAGCAUCUCCCAGAAAUGAGACCACUACCCCUGUGCCCACUACCUUGCCGAAUGAGACCACUCCUGCAUCUAUUGGAAAUGAGACCACUACCCCUGUGCCCACUACCUUGCCAAAUGAGACCACUCCUGCAUCUCCCAGAAAUGAGACCACUACCCCUGUGCCCACUACCUUGCCGAAUGAGACCACUCCUGCAUCUCCCAGAAAUGAGACCACUACCCCUGUGCCCACUACCUUGCCGAAUGAGACCACUCCUGCAUCUAUUGGAAAUGAGACCACUACCCCUGUGCCCACUACCUUGCCGAAUGAGACCACUCCUGCAUCUAUUGGAAAUGAGACCACUACCCCUGUGCCCACUACCUUGCUGAAUGAAACCACUCCAGCAUCUCCCAGAAAUGAGACCACUACCCCUGUGCCCACUACCUUGCCGAAUGAGACCACUCCUGCAUCUAUUGGAAAUGAGACCACUACCCCUGUGCCCACUACCUUGCCAAAUGAGACCACUCCUGCAUCUCCCAGAAAUGAGACCACUACUUACUACAAUGCUACAGUACCUACUACACCAACAGCUACUACAAGUGAGAGACAGUCGACAGCUCCCAAUACAACUGCACCAACAGUCACAACAACCACGACAAGUCCAACAACUACUACUUCUCCUUCUCCUGCCCCACACGUGUCAGGCAAAGCCGUGCUGAAGGUCAAGGUCCAAACAUCCUCCUCAUCCUCAGCCAGUAUCGGGCAGAUGUUUGUGAAGAAGGUCUGUUCCAGUUUCCCCCCAGAACUACAGGGCGGGGGUAUCAGAUUCAGCUGGAACGGCACCAGCCUGGACUGCGCUUCUGUUCUGAGCACCGCGAGCCCCUUGGCAAAAUGAGAUCUGCGGGUAUCGGCGCUGUCUCUUUCUACACUUUCUGAGCAGCCAUUGGUUGGCCAGUCCAUCCGACAGUCUAAUUUCGGCCCCAACAAACAGCAUGAACUCUACAUUACAGACUAAAGGGAUCCCUGUAGGAGACACAGUGGAUUCUGCAUGGCAGACAAUACGGUUUCUACAGAGGAAAUAGACCCUUUGAAAUCCCUCUGUGGAUCCUUCUGCUCAGACCCUGGGCUGGGGGGUCAGCGACCCCUAUAGACACUACAGUUGCAUUUUACUUCCUUAUAUGAUGUCACACAUAGUACAGGCAGCAGCCUUAACUCCUAUUGGCUGUGUCUCCUGUCAGUCUGACACUGGGGCUUCCUGUGCCUGUAAGUUAGGGAUAGGCUGAGCCUGUUUGCCUAUGUCGUUGCAAGGGAGAAAUUAGCCAAUGAGCUUUCAUUUUAUGCAACUGGUUAGAUCGCACCAGCAACGACCUGGUCCAAU